AUGACGAUCCGCUGCUCCUCCAUAGAAUCUACAGCCUCGACAGCGGCUGUCCCCGUCACCCUGACCCGCAAGACCGCCGGUUGCAAACUAACUUUCAUCUCGCACCACAGCUCAUCACACUUUCAUCUCGCACCACAGCUCAUCUCGGAGCUGAGUGUUCAGGUCAUGGACACAGACCUACAGACUCUCUCCUCGGUCUCAGACUCUGUGGCUCAAUAUUUCUGUGAAGAUCCAAGAUCGUUUAAACUGGAAGAAUGCUGCUCCAUCUUCCACUGCUUCUGCCAGAGGUUCAUCAGGGCCAUCCAGGAGAACCAAGGGCGCGAGGCGAGCGAGGUGAAGCGACGGCACGCUGAACGGCUGCAGACGGCCCUGAAGCGGCGCUCCAUCGCCUCCUGCUCGACUCGGGACAAAGACAUGGACAACGUCUCCCUGGAGUCUGUGCUUCAGAGCUUCAUCAGCAAGAGGAGCGUCAGGAGGAAAGCAGGACGACCAUUCUCCAGUCACGGCACGCCGCCCAACGGCAGCCCCUUAACCGGCAGUCCCUUAACCGGCAGCCCCUUAACCGGCAGCCCCUUAACCGGCAGCCCCUUAACCGGCAGUCUGCUUGAGGUCUCCCAAUGCAACAUUCCCAGUGCGACUCCCAAUCGAAGCCCGCGCCUAAAGCUUAAGGAUAUGAGCAAGAAGGAGUGGAACUCAGCUGCUGAUCUUACCAACGCUCAAAGACAUCAGCCAAGAACUUUAGACGCCUCAAAACCUGAGACUAUCAAACACUUAACACCAAACUCUUUAGACAGGACCCUUCCAUCGGCGUCACCGCCAUCACACGUAGAAACAUUCCAGGACAACACGGUGGAAGAAGCGCAGACGCUGCGCGAAGCUUCCAGAAAAGUUUUAAAGUUCCAGAACAGCCGGGGAAGCGUGUCAUCCCUGGAAAGUGUGGAGAAGGGUCCCAGGAUUCAGCGGCAGCGAACCAUCGACGAGGACCUGGGAGGGAACAUGGACCAACCUCAGGACGGAGACUUGGAGACGCUGUUCGCCAGCCCGCCUUCGCCCACAAAGCGGAACCUCGGCAGACGCUACACGCUGCCGUCCAAAGUGCCCAAAACUCAUGAGAGCGGAUCCAACGCAGAGAGAACAGAUGGAGACACAACAACCCCUUUAACAGUGUCUGGGAAAACUCUGCAACACGGAACCCUUAGUGCUGCAGACAAGAGCGACAAUAGUCCUCCGAAAAACACAAAAACAGAACCCACAGGACUUUUGUUCAACUUUUUUAAAAGGUUUCAGUUACCGACGAGCAAAGGGACGACGAGCAAAGAGCCGACGAGCAGCGACUCCAGCGUGUAG